AUGUCUGAGUUGGAGCACCAGACCGAUGAACUCCAGGAGCGACUCAGGUCUUCUAGCCAGCCCGUUGCCCCGGCUUUACCAGAACAUGCGUGGACUGCAGUUAACGACCAUCGGACCGCUGAAUCGGAAAGCCGGCUGGCCUCGGUGGCCCCGUUCUUCAGAGAUGCGGCUAUCGCUCCAGUCUCGUUUCGGUCGUUCUCCCAAGCACCCGAGUCCUUGCAGACUCCAGAAAGCCUCCCACAUGACCAGCAGACUUCCAGGACUCUGCCUCGCAGCUUAGAGGGUUAUACGAUCGAUGCGAAGGACAUUGACGCCAUGUUUCAAACAUACUUCCGCGAUUAUGCGAGUCUCGUGCCCGUACUUGAUCCUUCCAUGACCCCAAACGCGUAUUAUGCGCUCUCUCCCUUCCUGUUCUGGGCCAUUAUCGGCGUCGGCUGUCGGACCUAUUACAGAAAUCCGACGUUGCUAGGGGUUCUCCCUUCCAAGAUCAAGAGCCUUGCACUCCUCACCAUGGAUUGCGUUAUCACCCUUCCGAUUGUGCAAGGCUAUCUCCUGCUUCUAUACUGGCCAUUUCCCAAGUCGAACAAUACGCCGGAUUUUACCUUUCCUUUCAGCGCUGCCGUCUUACACAUGGCAAUCGCAAUGGGGCUCCAUUUGCCAGUGUCAUCCCAAGAAUUCAGCAAGGUCAGAAUCCGAUUGAGUGAAGACGAGAGCAAGAAACGUGCCGAGACUUGGGGCUAUUGUAUGCUGGCCUACCAACGCUCGUGCCUCUGCAAAGGGAGUCCGGCAAUACCAAUCUUCGACAUUCCACACGAUCUUGAGCAGAGACGCACACUAUUCCAGAAAAUGACAUCAAAGCUGAAAUUCGAGCUGAAGCUACAGGACGUUGUGACGCGGAGCUGUAUAGCCUUCUCGCAAAAUGGACUACGCAUCAUGUCACCAGAACAGGAGAGAUCGCUGGACGCUUUGCUCAACCUCUUUCAAUCUCAGAUUGCCAGUGUGGGCCUGGAAUAUGCAUCAGACAUCGAACAUCUUUAUGUUCAGAUUGCAACGCUGCACAUACAAUCUUUCAACCUGUACAAGUCUCCAGCCGCUCAGGAUCCUACGUCGCUGUACGAUCUUUGUGCAUCAUGCUGUCAGGUCAUUGAGUCCUUUGACAAUCUCGACAAGGCUGGGCAAAUUUCGCUCCCUUCGUCUGGAGUGUAUUUCAAUUUCAGCCUAAUACUACCCUGUCACAUCCUCCUUCGGCUGUUGAAGACCUCCUUCUCACGAUAUGUUCACGUCGAGCGAGCCAAAAGCGCAUUGUUCCUUGGCAUCAGUCUCCACAAGCGCAUGUCAUUACAAAACGACGACCUACCGGCCCGGAACGGGGUAGCCUUGACCCAACUGUGGAAUAGUACGAGGGUUUUCCGGAAACCUAACGGGACAGAAGCAGUUGCGCUCCGUAUUCGAAGUCGCCUAUGUGGGAGCAUCCUCCUCGACGGGAUAGUGUGGUGGAGGGAAGAAUUUGGGGGUUUCAUGGGGGUUUAUCCACCGCCCUUAGUGGAGGGACGCAAUGAAAACCCAGACGAAGGCCCGGUCAGCGGGACGGCGACUGCACUCAAUGACACUGCGAUGCAGACCAUGGUGAAACCCGACUACACCAGUUUUCUCGACGAUCCCAUGUUGGCUGAAUUCGGCUUCCCCAUCGGCGACGAGAUCUUUUCGUCAAUGUGGACCGACACCACGGCUGAGACGGUGUGA